GCGUUCAUUCCACGUUUGGCUCGGAUCCGGCGCGCGCGCAUCUCCGUACAAAAGACAUCAACGAUUCAAGUUAUGUUAGGUUGUAAUUUGAAAAUGAUAAGUGAAUUUUAAGUGGUGUGCUAUUUCAUAUUAAAUCGUUCUACAAUUUGAUAAUGUUAUACCAAAGUUAACAUUUAUUAUAUCAUAAAAAUGGCUUAUUUCUCGAGAGUAGUUUUUAUUUUAGCGGUAACUUCAGCUCUGAGGGUAAAAGAUGAUUUAGAAUCGACGGAUCCUCACGAAGUAAUGAUAGCACAGGAGUCUAGAAGCUACCAUACAUUUGUAGCACCGCCAGUUCGAAUCAUAAAACCUUCUGGAGUGAUUAACUCGCACCGACCGCAGUACAACUUGGAUUCUUUGGAAGAAGAUUUGGCCAACUUAGACGUCGAUAACUUCUUCGAAGCUACGACAAGAAAGAGUUUGUACAAAACAUAUAAUCAUCAGAAUUCAAGGAAUAAGGAGGCAAUAAUCAAAGAUGCGGUUUUACGAGCUUUAGAGAGAAAAGAUCAUGUUGGUAAAUUCGCUCAGAUUCUACCCAUUAUUCGGGCAAUGUCGGGUAGUCAGAGAGUUGCACUUGCGUCGUUGGUCGCCAGUCAAGUGAGCACUCCGCCGGGAAGAUCACCCCUCAAUCUUUCACAGGUAAGAUCAAUGUUCGGUAACGAAAACAAUUCUACAUCCGAGUUAAUGCUGCCGAUACUCUUAGACAUGGCGAAUCUGAUACGACGCGCCGUUAGACCCGGCAAGGAGCAGAGAGAUGUAAAACUACCACUAACACUUCCACAAACAGAGUACCUCAGACGUUCAUUCAUUGACGAUGCAACACAGAGUGAUGAAUUCGAUCCCGGAGUUGAAGAAUUCAAACAAACAGAAACAACUAAAGCACCAUUAAGUCACAACAAUCGAAACACAAGAAGCAGACCUCAUACAACUUCAAAUAAAUCAAAUGAACUAAUAGACAAAAAAACUACACAAGACAAUAAAACAGCAGACAAUUCAACACUAAACGCUAAAGAUAAUUCAAAUAAUACUUUAAUGGAUAAGAAAGAAGAUAACAAUAACACCACAAAGUCAUCAAUAACGCAACAAAGUCGACAAGCGUUUGCUAGAAGCAGGUCAAUGACCCUAGCAGACAACGCCACCCUCGAUCUUACAGCGGACUCUACCAACCAAUCGCUGCACGCACUUCCAGUCGCUGAAAAACUACGGUCACUUAAUAGAUACAUUGAUAGAAAAGGGAACGUCAUACGUCGUGCCACUUUCUCCCCUAAGACGCCACCUCGUCGCACUACCGUUGAGCCUCUGAGCAGAAGGAGACCUUUUCCAGCCAGGAAGCCAGUUCCAGCGGAGACCAAGUGCGAAAUGUUCACAAACAACGUUUGUCUGCACUAUGAUGAUUAUCCUACGGAAGCUAUAAUCCAAUCGAUACGACGUAACAAGGCUGCUGGCGCAUUACUUGCUGAUGUAAAAGACCCGGGCGAGGGCGCUGUGGAUGGCAUAACUCAGGCACAAGAGGCCAAGUAUACCGCGGACCAUUAUCUCGUCUCAAACAGGCGAGGUGACACAGCUAAUAGAGAUUUCGCGAGCGCGGGCGAAGCUGGCUUCAUGUGUCCUAGCACCGUGAAGUACGCGAGACCGCAGCGAGCGCGCGCUACUUCUGGUCAGUGGAAGUUUAUCGUUAAUACCGGAGAACACACUCAAACUCUUCGACUUGAGAAGUGCCUAAAACCAAAGGAAUCAUGCACAUAUCUAACGGAUAACUUCAAAUCGAAAUGUGUACAAGUUUAUAACUACCACAGACUUCUGACAUGGGACCAACAAAACGGUCUACAUAUGGAUAUUUUCAAGGUUCCGACGUGUUGUUCUUGUCACAUUGAAGGUUACAGCGUCUCAUUCCCGCCACUAGGUCAUAGAAUACACGAGACUUCUUCUGAACAUUUCCCCGGAGAAGACUUAUCAUCCGAACAAGGCAAUCAAGCAUUCGAAGCAGUCCAAUCAACAAUACAUAAACCUGCUCUUUCUAAAGUACCGAAUUUCUCCUUUAAUAAACCCAUAGAUACAUUUCCCCCGCUAAAUGAAAAUCAAAACUCAAUACCAGGACAAUUAUUUACGGAUGUAGUAAAUGAUGAUGAUGAGUUUAAUAAUGUACCAUCACAUAAUAUCCAAGAUUCUUACGGGAAUGCAUAUUUCACGGAUUCGUUAAAUCAACCUAGUUCAGUAAGAAAUGUAAGGAAACCCUCGAUAAGCCGCUAUCCACUUGGAGGGUCAGGUUUUAGUACAGCAACGUUACCGAGCUUCUUAGAACCGCCUACGCCGGGGUCGUCUUCGUUUUCAUAUUCUAAAGAUGCUUCUAAUAAAUACAAACCUACUGACAAUUUAUUCAAAAGAGGCAUUUCGAGACAAAAUUAUAGACCGUUACGAAAAAAAAUAUCUGAAGCCUCUGAUGAUUUAUUAUCUUCGGGAACUUCUGUAGUUGGUUCAUUAUCUGGUGAUUUAGAUAACGAAGAUGAUUUGAUAGUAGACCAACAAGGUGACAUAAGAAAAACAAAUGUAAAUACGAAUUUAAAAGCAACAAUAGCACCUAAGUUAUAUGGAUUUAGUACAGUAAAACCAUUAGAUAGUUCUGUAAGACCCAACGAUCAAAAUCAUUUAACGAAAGAAGAAACUCUUUUGAAUAGUAAAAGAAUCAACUACAACUAUCAUCCUAUAAUUGAUUUCUUUGAGGAUGAAGAAAGAGAAGGAAACGAGUCUAUAGAUAGAGAAGAUAUUGUUCCGGAAUUUAUACCGUCCACAGAAUCAGAAUGGAAGCCAUUGAACCGCCCUGUCUCUACUACGUGAAACGUCGUAUAUGUCAAAUAUUAAAAAAAAUAGUUAGAAUAGUUAGAAUGAUAGAAAAAUAGAAAUAGAUUAUUAUUUUAACGAAGCCAAAAUUAUGAUGCAAUGUAAAUUAUUUAUUUUAAUUUAUUUUUUAUUGAUUUAGUUAAUUUAUGAAGUUAAGUUCGUUAAGUUUUAUGUCUAAUAAUAUUUAUAACUGAAAUAAAUAAUUUU